AUGACCAUCCACGUGUCUUAUCUUGUAAAAAAAAAGCCAACCUGCCCCUCCUCACGCACGCAGCACUCCCGCACGCAUCGCCUCCUCCCGUGCACGCAGCGCCGCCGCCGCACUCCCGCCGUCAGCCGCGCCCCGCCGUCGACCUGCCUCCCCUGCACCCUGCGCCCUGCGCCCGCACCCGCGCCUCCUCCCCUGCACCCGCGCCCCCGCCGUCGACCGCCCGGCCGCCCCGGCGCCCCGACCGCUCCGAUCCGGCCGCUCCGGCGCCCCUCGACCGCCUCGGCCGGCAUGAAGUUCGAUCCGACGGACCAGGAGCUGCUGGAGCACCUGGAUGGGAAGGCGAGCCCGGACGCCCGGAAGCUGCACCCGCUCAUCGACGAGUUCAUCCCCACCAUCGAGGGCGAGAACGGCAUCUGCUACACGCAUCCGGAGAGGCUUCCUGGUAUGCAGAUACAGGUACCUAGUUAUCUACCAUCCACCUUCCUCAUGGUCAUCUUCUUAACAGAUUGAUGAAGGAAGGGGUCACAACGGGAUACCUCUCUGUCUGUGCCUUGAUAAGCACACCAAUAUAGUGUUGAUUUUGUCAAGAAGUUCUAGAAAAACUGUGAAAUGGAAUUGGGAGCAACUAUGCCAUAUUAGAUAUCUGCAGCAGUAGAACUGGGAUUGGGAGCAACUAUGCCAUAUUAAAUAUCUGCAUCAGUAGAGAAGAUGGUGCUUGAUGUUUGAAGCUCUAAUACCAAGGGUAGAGAGGACCUACUAACUGGUGCAUCUUGAGUCAUUGGACAUCCAGAAAAAGCACCAUCUAAUUGAAGCUCUAAAGGCACCUUACAGUGGAGUUUGAAGACAUAAAGCCAUCUUGUUGUUUAGGACUUGCAAUAUCUUAUUGGGGCUUUCUGUUUCAGGAUUGUAGAGCUAGCAUGUGUGACUAGGUGAUGUUUGCUAUUUGAAAUUGUUUAAACUGCUUUUUGUAUGAAUUAUGAAUAUUUUCCCAAUCUAUGCUUCAUUACUAAAAGAUAUUAGUUCAUUGGUUCUUUAA